AUGGCGACGUCCUUAGAUGAUGAUGAGUUAAAUAAUCAGGAUUACUACUCUUUACUAAACGUCAGGAAAGAGGCUACAUUAGAUGAGCUGAAAGCAUCAUAUCGGAGGUUGUGUAUGCUUUACCAUCCAGACAAACAUCGAGACCCAGAGCUCAAAAGACAGGCUGAGCAGCUUUUUAAUCAGGUGCACCAGGCUUUUGAAGUCUUGAGUGAUCCUCAUUCUAGGGCAAUUUAUGACAUCUUUGGGAAGAAAGGGCUGGAGGUGGAAGGUUGGGAGGUGGUGGAAAGGAAACGAACUCCAGCAGAAAUUCGAGAGGAAUAUGACAGGCUGCAGAGAGAGAGAGAAGAAAGGAGACUUCAGCAAAGAACGAACCCUAAGGGCACUAUCAGCGUGGGUGUGGAUGCAACAGACCUGUUUGACCGCUAUGAUGAGGACUUUGAGGAGAUGCCAGGAGGAGGCUUUCCUCAUAUUGAAAUUAACAAGAUGCACAUUUCCCAGUCAAUAGAGGCUCCUUUGACAAACACAGACACGGCAGUGCUGUCUGGCUCGCUCUCCACGCAUAAUGGGAAUGGAGGGGGCAACAUUAACAUGACAGUACGCAGGGUUACAUCAGCCAAGGGUUGGGGAGAGGUGGAAUUAGGUGCAGGAGACAUACUUGGACCUCUGAUUGGGUUAAAGGUGUUUCGAAAUAUCACAACACGGUGUUUCUUGACAGCUCAGUGCGGUUUGCAGUUCUCGCCCCGUGGUUUGCGACCGAGCUGUUCUCUGAUGACUGCACGCCACUUGGAUCAGAACACAAUGGGGUAUCUGCAGUGGCGCUGGGGACCUAACAGUGCCAUGACAACAAGCUUGGUCCGAGACACAAAAACCAGUCACUUUACUCUAGCUCUGCAGCUGGGUGUGCCUCACUCAUACCUGAUGUUGAGUUACCAGUACAAGUUCCAGGAUGAGGAUCAGACCAAAGUUAAAGGCUCUUUAAAAACGGGCUGGUUUGGCACUGUGGUAGAAUAUGGAGCGGAGAGAAAGAUCAGCCGACACAGUGUCCUGUCAGCCACUGUCAGUGUUGGCGUCCCACAGGGAGUCACACUCAAAAUCAAGUUGGCUCGUGCCAGUCAAACAUACCUAUUUCCAGUCCACCUCACGGAUCAGCUGCUGCCCAGUGCCGUCUUCUAUGCCACUGCAGGACCGCUAUUGGUCUACAUGGCCAUCCACAGAUUGGUCGUCAUCCCAUAUACACACGCACAGAAACAACAAGAACUGGAGUUGCAGAGGAAGAGCUCAGCCACAGACAUUGCCAAGAAGAAGCAGGAGGCAGAGUCUGCUGUUCUGCUGAUGCAGGAGUCUGUGAGGAGAAUCAUAGAAGCAGAAGAAUCCAAGAUGGGUUUGAUUAUCCUGAAUGCCUGGUAUGGAAAGUUUGUGUCAGACACAAGCCAGAAGCAAGAAAAAGCCAAGGUCAUUGACGUCACUGUGCCUCUGCAGUGCCUGGUCAAGGAUUCCAAACUUAUCCUUACAGAAGCCUCCAAGGCAGGGUUGCCAGGCUUCUACGACCCCUGUGUAGGAGAGGAGAAAAGUCUCAAAUUACUGUACCAGUUCAGAGGUGUCAUGCACCAAGUCAUCUCAGCUGACACCGAGCCACUACGGAUACCCAAGCAAUCUCACAGAAUUGAGUCGGAGUCUUAGGAUCCUGCUGCCGAUGGAGCAUCAGAGCACAGAAAGUGAAGACACAGACAGGCAAAACAGACUUUCUUUAAUCAGAGGAACCCAAGAAUGGAGGCACAUAUCAAAAAUUAGUCUGUUUCCAUCUAUUGGCUUUCUUCCGUCUUUGUGUUAGCUAACCUGAAUCCGUCCACUACUGUUUUUCCCAACGAUCUCAGAGCAGAAUCAAGGAUUCACCUCUGAGAUUCUACAAGGUUUAUCCUUUGUUGCUGUAGUCUGCCUCUGCCUUACGUGGCUGCUGAAAUACUGGCCUGCUGCAGGAGGUCAGACAUGUGCCCUGAGCUUAUAUUUAUGAAUGCAAGGGAUGUAUUGCCAUUAAUGAUGUGCUAAAUGUGCACAGAGAAGUUUAAGGUUGUUCUUGACAUUUAAGUCAGACAUUUAUCCCUGUAUACACCUAAGCUGUGCUGUAAUUUUACUCCAUAUCAUCACAGUCAUAUUCUAUAUCACCCUGUUAGUUUUAACCCAACUAUAUUAUAACAUACAGUACCAGUUACUGAAAUAAAUAAAACAUUUAGAGAGAAACUAUGCAGGAUCAUGUCUCAGUGAACCUGAGGCUGACCAGCUUGCUAGUCAGAGGACUGACUGUGUAUCUGUUUUAUUCGGUUAUUUGUGGGUUAAAAUGUCGAGUUGUAAUUUAUUAUGCCUUUUGGUGACAUAUGGUAUUUGCUGCUCAUGGGGGUUCCAGUCAGCAGGAGUCAAGUGGUGCUCAAAACUUCUGUGAAAACCAGGAAAAAAGCUUAAAAUUCCAUACUAAAUGGAAGAGUGAGUUAAUAUUUCUCAUCUGUUAAAGGGAUUCCUCAGAACCCCUACAAAUCUCUAUCAGAACUUCUCCUGUAGCAUAUACAUGGUAUUUUAUUGCAUAUAAAAAAUAAUAUUUUGCACAAAAUGUACAGUAUUUAAAUAUAACAUAGAUGGUAAAUGUCAUCCAAGUGGUGCCGAAGCUUCUAACUGUAGCUCCCCACUGAAGUGUGUCUAAACUACUUUUAUUUGAUUAAAUCAUGUUUUUGUCAUAGAUGAACACAGAUGCUGCUAUUGGCCUGAUGAAGCAAAGAGGACUGAAUAAAAUUAAGGGAAAAGUCUGACAUUGGUGAAAUGUGUUAUUGUGAAAGGAUAGAAUUAUCCUCACACCUCUACAAUGAAAUCCACAACUGUUGAGUGGACCUGAUCUGCUGCUGAAAUCGGAUGACACAUGAUUGCAGCGGUCAUUUUGCACUAAGUCCAUUUUUUUUUUAAAUGUACCUUGUUUUCAGUGUGUUGUAAACUGUACUGACAUGAGUUCUAGUGCCACCAUGAGGCCAGCAGAAAGACCUCUUCUUCCUCCUGUUACAUUCCAGCCCACAACUCUGUUUAGUAUGUAAAUGUAGUGUAUGACUGAGAAGCCUGUGUUGUCUGUCCUGUAAAGACUGCAAUAAAAAUAAACAAAUGAGAUUCACUGUGCUUGA